AUGGUGAUGUGUUACAACAACAUAGACACGAAAAACAACAAUUUGGACGACGAUGAUGACGUCAUAGUGGCGACGCCAUCAACUACAGCAACGUCAUCAUUGUCAAAAGGCCUCUGUCACAAGAAGACCAUUAAAUGUACUGUUAAGUUACUGGAUGAUAGCGAGAUGGAGAUAAUUAUGAAGAAGUCUAGCAAAGGUCAAGCCCUGAUUAACAGGAUAUACAAGUACUUGCAGAUAAACAGCGGCUGUGGACCUCAUGACAACGAACCUUGCUACUUCUCGUGCACCUACUUUGAUAGUACUACUGAUAAAUAUGUUUGGCUGAUCCACGAUAAGCAGAUCUCACAACAAAUCAAAAGUCAACCUUGUUAUUUGAAGUUCAAGGUUAAAUAUUACCCAGACAGUCCCCACGAGAUUAAGAAUGAGGUCAUCAAGAAUCUUAUGUACCAGCAAAUCGUUAAAGAUGUUUCCGAAGGCAGAGUGUCCUGUUCGUUUGCAACUCAAUCGCUCUUACUCUCCUACCAAGCUCAAAUUGAGUACGGUGACUGGGAUUUUCCCACUUCGAAAUUUCCGGAAUGUUUAAAGAUGUCACCGGAUUGGAAAAACCGGAUGGGUGAUUAUGAAUUGGAUGCCUAUGAGAAUGUUAAGAAGCUGGAAAUCCCGAAGAAAUUUGAUUCCCUGAAGUUUGAACUCUGGUCCAAAGUGUUUGACCUUUACAAAGUUCAUAGGGGCCAGUCGAGAGAAGAGGCCACUAAUAAUUACUUGAGUAACGUUUCUAAAGUGGCUAGAUACGGAAUGCAUACCUGCUACGUUGAGAAUGAAGGUGGUAAUCCCGUGGAAUUGUGCCUCUGUUGGUUAGGGCUGUCCGUGUAUGACUGUAGCGGCGAGAUUAGGACCACGAAGUUGACGUGGCCCAGACUGCUGAAGAUCGCAUAUAAGAGGAACAAAUUCAUCAUACUAUACAGGCAGAAUGGAGUUUGUGACGAUGGUGACGAUGGUGGUGGUGGUGGUGGUAGUUGCGGCAAGGAUUGCGCUAGCUUCGUCAGCAACGACGCAAAACGACAACAAUUAUCAAUAGAUGAACAACUACUACAUCAAACCAGCAACAAUCUUAACGGUGAAGAUGUCGAUCAUAAUUUGCAACAGCAUCAACAACCACAUUCUUUCAACAACAAUUUUCGCAACAACAGCAACAACUUGAAAAGUUCAACAAAACGAAGUAACAGCUGCAAAAAUUCCGACAACUACAGCAACAAAAAUAUUUACAAUGUCGUCGGUAGGAGUACAUCGUUCAACAACAACACCUACAGCUGUAAGAGUGUUUCUGCAACAAAAAGUAACGACGAUUAUUUCGGAAUUUGCAACAACAUGACAGAAAGAGCAAAAAUAUCAUCUGUGGAUAAUUUGAGAAGGAAUGUAUACAGGACAGGUAAGAUAGUUCUGCCUUAUCAACAACAGCAGCUACAAUCGCAGCCACAUCAGCUACAACCACAACAGCAGCUACAACCACAUCAACAGCAGCCGCAAUUGCGACUGCACCAACAACUACAGCAGCUACAUCAGCAGCACUGGCCACAGCAGUUUCAGCAAGAAUGCAUCACACAGCAUGAAAAUAUUCCUCAUGAAAUUCAAAAUGAAUUUCGGCAGAAUUUAUCUCACCAGCAAACCUUACAGCCUGAACAUUUCAAGUGUGUUCCUAUGGAAUAUAAACAACAAUAUCCUCCUCAUGAAAACAAAACCUGGCCUAAAAAACAACAGCACUGUCAAAAAAAUUUGCAACUACUCAACUAUCAGCAACAACAACAUCAGUUACAAGCAGAGCAGCAACAAUGUUUGCAACGAAAUGAUGCACAUUGUCGUCAUCAGCGACUCACUGAACCGCCACAAGCGCAAACUAAAACUGACUUUUUGAAACUGCAACAACACCAGCAGCAACAACAACAACAAUAUGAUGGUAAUUUACUUGAUUGUCAAACCUCAACACACUCAACAGGCAAAAAUGGUCUUCCUCGACUGCUGCAACAUCCAUUUCAUGACAAAAUUCAACAAUUUCAUAGACCACAACCACAAAUGUAUCAGGAUCAAGUUCAACAAUGCCAGCAACAAAAAUAUCAAGAGCAACGAGAACAAGCAUUCUACAAAAAUCGCACAUGUGCAUCGGGGAGACAUCAGCAACAUUUCAACAUUCAGCAGCAGCAACAACAACAUUUAUAUGUUGAAGAUCAGCGAGGACCAGCUCAACAAUACCAGCAACAUCAACAGCAACGACAUCAAUUACAGUCUCAGCAACAAAAUGAACAACAGCUACAAUCUCUCCAUUCAAGACCACCUCUCCCGCCAUCACUGCAACUCAAACCAAGGCCAAAAUCUGGAAACACCCAACUGGAAAGCCGAAACAUUCAACAAUCAUCAAGCACAACUACAAAAGCAACUACGCCAUCUAUAAAUAGGAAAAAGGAAAAUCCGUACGAGUUUGAUAGGAAAUCCACAAGGGGAAACCCCAAAUCACCUAAGGAGCUAUCCAAAGACAUCAAAGGUAGAAAGAACAUUGUAAUAACUGCCUACCUGGAUAACAACAGUCUGCUGAGUGAACCUGGAGGGAUAUAUGACAACAUCGUUGAAGCUGAUAGCAUCAACAACAUCAACACCAACAUUAACAACAACAACAACACCACCAGAAACAAUAAAAAUAAUAAUUUCACUCAACUUUCCAGUAAAUCAUAUAACAACAACAACAUUAAUAAUAAUAAUAAUAACGACAGCUACGGUAGUUACGACAACCUCUACAACUACAGAACAAGAACAAACCACGCUAACAUGAAUGACUAUUACUACGACAGCCACUCCUACCUCCAAUAUUGCCGACGACAAAAUCAACAACAUCAUUAUCAACAUCAGCAGCAACAGCUGCUACUAUCGCCACCACAACAACUACUACUACAACAGCAGCAGCAACAACAAUCAUAUGAUAAUAACGAUGAUAGUAAUGGCGAAUAUGACAACUUACUACAGCCAUGUGCAUCAUCAUCAUCAUCAUUUCCAUACGCUCCAUCCACAUCGUUUCCAUUACAGUAUCAGCAAUCAUCAUCAAUACCUCCUCUUCAAACGCUGACGUCAUCGCCACGCCACGUGUUUUUCGAAUCGCCUGGCGGAUUUAAAAUAACCCAGGUAAGAAACCCAGAAGACGAUUCUUUAAUUGAGACUGUCAUAGAGAAGACGCUGAUCAUUGAAGAUAAAUGUGACGAGGAAGAAGCUAUCGCUAAUGCUAUUUCUUCACUGACUCGAAUCCAUCCGAAGCUUUCAGUGGAGGAAAUUGAAAUAAAAAGAAAAUAA